AUCUGCUUUUAGGUCACACAAAAGGCUCUCGCAGCAGCAGCAGCAGCAGCAGCAGCAGCAGCAGCAUCAACAGGAGCGAGGACCACGGCGUUCCAAGAACGAACCAACAAAACCCAAAUUGAUGACAGCCGAUUCGGGCCAAAGGAUUUGAACAGCAGCAGCGAUGCCCUCCCGUCGCGGUGGUGGUGGCACCACCAAGAGGAAGCACUCGCUGGGCAACCUGCGACGGGCUCAUCCUGCCUCCGGCGCCACCUGGAACGUGCAGGUGGUGCGCGGCAAGAUGUCCUCGAAGUGCCUGUGGCACGCCUGUCGCGCCCUGAUCCUGGGUCUCACCCUGAUGCUCCUCGGCGCCGGAAUGGCCACUUUGGGCUACUAUGCGGAUCAUCUGUCGAUGGGUUCGGAGUUGCGGGGCAAUGUGACGGUGCGGGUGAAGAACGACCUGAAGGGCUUCCACCUGAACAACUUCGCGUACGUGGGCCCCAUUGUCAUGGGUUUCGGCGGCUUCAUCGUGGUGGCCUCCUGCGUGAUGACCUUCGAGGCACGGGACUCCGCCGCUAAGGUCGUUCCAGCACGGCUGAGAGCUGGAGGAGGGGGCAGCAGCAAGAAUCCCUCGCGGAGCAACCAGGGAAGCUCGGCGUCACAGCGUCGCGGGAUGGGUGCGCAGUACCAGUCGAGUCGCUGGGAUCAGCACUUCGGCGUGUUCCGCUCCUCGCCAGGCGAUCCUCACCAGCAGCCGCAGACCGCCGGCAUCUCCACCACACAUCCGCAUCAGCACUCACAUCCGCAGCAGCCCUUCGAUCGCGAGGCACUCACCGCCGAACUGGUCCAGUUCUCCAGGUCACUCAGUGCAUCCAAUCGCUUUAGUCCGCAGUGGCGCCGCCUUUCGGGGGCUGGUUCCGCUCCGGAUUUGUCCGGAUCCCAUGCUCAUGCUAAUACCACCACCAACUCCACCAAUGCCACAAACCACCAAAACCCAACCACCACAGUCCCCACUAAUUACUACAAUUUGCUCUCACUGAAUCGAUUGUCGCCGCUGGAUUGGGAACUGUAUUGCUCGCACCGCCGCCACCGUCGUCACCAUCACCGCCACUCGCACCACCACCACCACCACAAAUCCUCAAGCAGCAGUGUGCGUCGAGUGCGCCAAGUGCGUUCGGGCCUGGGAGCGGGAUCGCAACACUCCGGAGAAGGAAGAGGAGGAGGUGGAGGAGCAGGCUCCUCUUCGUCGGCACGGAUCAUCAGCAAUUCCUCCAGCCUGAUCCAGAGGGCCACCAGGGAGUGCUCCCUGCUCCAGCCGCCAGCUGCCAGUCGUGUCUACUGGCAGGCCUCCUCCUUUGACGGCGGCAGCAAUCCUCCGCCCGGAUUGGGCAUGAGUUCCAGCGCGGAGAAGCGCAGUGAGCGGAACAAGCGGUCGGACACCGCCAAGCGGCACGUCCUCUCCCGGCAACGACCCAUCGAGCAGGAGGAGGCGCGGGAUCACAGUCGCAGCCCACUAGGACACAGACGGAACUCUACAAUGUCGGACUCCUCGUACAGCGGCCGCUGGACGGCACGCUGUGCUUCCGUCGCCAGUCGAACAUCAAGUAUCGAGUCUCGGCGCAUUCAAGUGGAUCUUCAUAGUCCCGAGGUGAUGCCCAAAUCCAUUCUCCGUUCGCCCAAGCGCUACAGCUCCGGUCCAUCGGCCACGCCCUCCGUGGAGAAGGAGUUUCGGAGUCAGUUAUCUGUAUGCUCGGAGCCACCACCACCGGUGCGCCAGCUGUCGGGCCAAUCCAGCAUGGAGCCAGCCCUUCCCGAGGAGAGUCUGGAUCAGUCGGAGGAGCAGGAGGAGACCACGCAGCCCAAGGCGUCCUACGAGGAGAUCACCGAACUGCAGCACCACACGAGCAGCUUGCCGCCGAAGAAGGCACGUCCGGGAUUCCUGCCCCUCGCCCGCAGCGAGCAGGAGGAGGACGAGAGGCCAGUGGCCAAUCCGCUGUACAGGAGCAAUAGUUCCCGCCAGUUCUACAGACCCAAAAAGGGGGUGCCCAACGAGCGUGAUGAUUCCGUUUUCUACAUACGGUCCAUGGAAAGGGGAUUGGCUGGAAACGGUGGGGGUGGCAGUGCGGAUGAGCAGAUGUACGAUUCACUGAGGGUCAUAAACGAGCGGCGGACCACUUUGCUGAAAGCCGACUCCCAGAGCUCCUUGGGAUCUGCGGAGCGCAAGUUGAGCAGCUUCUCCCUCAAAAUGCCGGAGAUCACGGAGCGGGAGAACUCUAUUGAGAUCGAAAUAGAUGCGGAUGAGCUGCAUCCCAGUACCCCGCCUUCUCCACCCCCACCUCCUCCGCCACCACCACCGGGCAAUCCACAAGCAACUGAAUCAAUCCAGGAUCAGGAUCCCUAGGAUCGAAUGGAUACACUCACUUCAUAGCGUUUAACCAGCAGCCAUCGACAAUUACUUUAGCAACUCGAUUGAUGUUUGUAUAUGUAUUUUUGUGCGUGUGCGUGUCGUUUAUUUUUAUAACCCCUAGAUCGUACCUAGAUAAGUGUUAUAUAUAUAUACCAGCAAUUAUCUCUGUGUUGCCUCGGGCCUAAGCAAUCGACUAACGAAUCUUCAACGACGUCUAUUAACUUGAUAAACUGAUGUUAUUCAACAAAUAACUUCAGUUGCGAUCGAAAUAAUUACAGGUGUUAGCAUGAAACUUGUCUCGCGCUUAAUAUUUUCCAACUGAGUACCUAUUUAUAUGUUUAAAUUUUCAAAGAGCUAAAGAAUCAAACCUUGUGAAUCAAAAUUAAACAACCUCUUGGCAACUUGAGUGCAGCUUGAUAAAAAAAAACACCCUGAGAUAUUAUUUUGAUCGCAGCUGUCGGCACUAGUCUUCCUAUUGUUAGAAUAUGAGAUAUAUCACGUUAUUACGAUCCCAUAUCUUGUGGGUGUACCGUUGUUAUCAAUACUAUUACUAUCGGUUACUGUUAAUGCUAAUCUCUACGAGGAUGUGUACUCACAACGAUCUAAAUACGAUGGCGAGGCCAAAAUAAUGCCAGACUUGUGCAUACCCUGUAAAAAGUACAAUCAGCUUAUAGUAAAGACUGAUUAGGCAAAUUGAUUUACGAAAUUGGUCAACGGCGAAUGGAAAACAUGUCAAUGAAAAGCAAUCGGAACACGGAUUAAGUUCGAUACACAUAUAUAAUUAGUUGUACGACGCUCUCAGUGUUAAUCCCCACAAAACAACAUUAUAUGUACCUAUACGAUUAUAUAUCUGAGUGUUUAUUUGUAAUCCAUGCAAUUACAGUGUUUCUCGUUCCAUAGAUGUUGAAAAUCCCACAGAAACCCCAAAAAUCAAAAGCCCGAGUUGGUUCAAAUGGAAGGCCGAACACGAAUCUCUGUUGAUGUGCAGCGAAUUUUUGUAUAAUUGUUCAUUGCAUGUUUAAUAUUGCAUAAAUAAAA